CCCAUAUAUACGCACAGUCACAGGGAGCACUAGAGCAGCAGCGGCAGCUACAGUAGCUUCAUUCGGCUAGCAGCAAGCAAAGCUAAUCAGCGAAGCAUACUAGAAAGAAGGCAGAGGCUGCUGGGAAUAGACGAUAGAUGUCGGGGUCGGGCGCCGGCGUGUGGGUGUUUCGGAACGGCGUGAUGCAGCUGGAGCAGCCGGCGGCGGCGAGCCGGAAGGCGUUGGUGUACGUGCCGACGAACGAGGUGAUGCGGUCGGUGGAGGCGCUGGAGCGGCGGCUGGGGACGCUGGGGUGGGAGCGCUACUACGAGAACCGGACCAUCGUGCAGCUCCACAAGCGCGACGGCGGCGCAGACCUCAUCACCAUCCCGCGCGACUUCGCCAGCCUCCGUUCCACCCACAUGUACGACGUCGUCGUCAAGAACAGGGACCACUUCAAGGUCGUCGACGCCUAGUCGGCGACUGUGCGAGAGCUGCCAGCUACCAGAGCUCUCUGCUUCUCAAAUACUCCUAUCUAUUUAAUUUAGGGGUUGUGAUGCGUGUGCAGGUGCAGAUGCCGGGAUGAUGAGCUACGUAUAUACUUUUACAUAUGUAUAUAUGUGUGCAGUGUGCUGCUUGGUGUGUAUUUUGACUUUGCUUUGGCUUGGCUUAAUGUUGUUAGUUAAUCCACAUGCAAGGAGUGGGAGCUACAUGCAUAAUGUACUGAUGCUUGAUGUGCACUAUUAUUGCCCUUUACGUGUGAAGCUAAUGAAGCAUCCUCUUGAUCAAUUACUU